GGUCUUUUAGACCUUCCACUGGCCUCAGGUGCCCGGGUGGCGUCUGGACUGACCUUGGGCCAGACUUUGGCUGCUACUGGCAGCUCCCGACCGGCUCACGCGGUGGGAGGGGCGGUCGAGGAAAGGGGCCGCAGCGGAGACGCGUGGGGGAGGCCGGAGAAUCUUUUCAAAGAAGAAUGGAGGAAAAUAUGAAGCUUGCUACAGUGGAAGACACUGUGGAGUAUCACCUAUUCCUGAUACCAGAUGAACCAAGGGACCCAGAAAAACACAAAGAGAUUCUUCAAAAGUAUAUUGAGAGGAUAAUGACUCAGUUUGCACCUAUGCUGGUCCCCUAUAUCUGGCAGAAUCAGCCUUUCAAUCUUAAAUAUAAACCUGGGAAAGGAGAUGUUCCUGCUCAUAUGUUUGGCAUGACAAAGUUUGGGGAUAACAUUGAAGAUGAAUGGUUUAUUGUUUAUGUAGUAAAGCAAAUUACAAAGGAAUUUCCAGAGUUAGUAGCAAGGAUUGAAGACAAUGAUGGUGAAUUCUUGUUAAUAGAAGCUGCUGACUUUCUCCCUAAAUGGCUGGAUCCUGAUAAUAGUGCCAAUAGGGUGUUUUUCCACCAUGGAGAAUUGUGCAUUAUUCCUGCACCAAGGAAACCUGGAGCAGUGUCCUGGUUACCCUCCACACCCCCAACAAUCCCGCAAGCAUUGAAUAUAAUCUCAACACACCCAGAAGAAAUUUUGGCUUCAGAAUCUAUACGAGCUGCUGUCAAUAGGCGCAUCAGAGGAUACCCAGAAAAAACUCAAGCCUCCCUUCAUCGUGCGCGCUGCUUCCUUCCAGCUGGCAUUGUAGCGGUGUUAAAGCAGCGCCCCCGAUUGGUGGCUGCGGGAGUCCAGGCGUUUUACCUGCGGGACCCCACUGACCUGCGAGCCUGCCGCGUUUUCAAGACUUUCUUGCCUGAAACACGAAUAAUGACAUCGGUGACUUUCACUAAAUGUCUAUAUGCACAGUUGGUACAACAAAGAUUUGUGCCAGACCGACGGAGUGGAUACAAGAUGCCUCCUCCAUCUCAUCCUCAAUAUCGAGCCCAUGAAUUGGGCAUGAAGUUGGCUCAUGGAUUUGAGAUCUUAUGCUCUGAAUGUAGCCCACAUUUUUCUGACUCCAGGAAAUCCUUCAUGACUACCUCACCACUUUGGGCUGGCUUCCUUGAAAGCCUGAAAAAGAAUGAUUACUUUGAGGGACUGAUAGAAGGUUCUGCUCAGUACCAGGCAAGGCUAGAAAUGGCAAAGAACUACUUCCAACUUUCAGUUAACCGACCAGAAAGCUCUCUUGCUAUGAGCCCAGGUGAAGAAAUCUUAACCUUAUUACAAACUGUACCAUUUGAUAUAGAAGAGCUUAAGAAGGAAGAAGCUAAUCUUCCCCCAGAAGAUGAUGACCAGUGGUUAGAUCUCUCACCAGAUCAACUGGACCAGCUACUGCAGGAAGCUGCUGGCAAAACAGAAGCAGAGCCCAUUUCCAAGGAGGAGCAGAACUAUGACUUAAGUCAAGUCUCAGAAAGCAUGAAAGCUUUCAUUUCCAAAGUUUCAACCCACAAAGGAGCAGAGCUACCUCGAGAAACUUCUGAGGCUCCAAUCACUUUUGAUGCAGAUUCUUUUCUUAAUUAUUUUGACAAGAUUUUAGGUCCAAGUCCUCAUGAAUCAGACUCCGAUGAUCUGGCUGAGGAAGACUUUGAAUGUUUGGAUAGUGAUGAUGACUUGGAUCUUAAAACCCAGGAGACUGGGGAAGAAGCAUCUGUAAAAGGAACUCUUAAUAAUCUCAAGUCAUACAUGGCCCAGAUGGACCAGGAAUUGGCACAUACCAGCAUUGGCAAAAGUUUCACCACCCAGAAGCAAAUGGAACCUCUAUCCCAGACUACCAAUAAUAAUUCAGAUGAGGAAGAUUCUGGUGCAGGAGGAUCUGUUAUGACACCAGUGGAUAUAGACCUGAACCUGGUUUCAAAUAUACUGGAAUCCUAUAGUUCCCAAGCUGGACUGGCAGGACCUGCGUCCAACCUUUUACAAAGCAUGGGAGUACAGCUGCCUGAUAACACUCAUCACAGACCCACAAGUAAGCCAACGCAAGAUUAGCCAGCACACCUAGCCUCUCUUUUUUUCUUCUUAAAUAAAUAUUGAGUCUCACUGUGCUCCUGUCUAGUUUAGAUGACUCAUUUAGUAAAAAUGUUUCUUCAGUACAA